AUGUCCUCUUCAGAUGGAGAAAGCGUGUUUUUAACACAAAACAAGUUUAGAGAAGUUGAUGAACAAGAAAACAACACGGAUGGCAUUCUCAGAUAUUAUGUGAGUGAUGAGGAAAUCAACAAAACAAUGAGUUUCUUUGUAGCUGAAGUAAGGAAUAAAUCUGGAGAGGAUUACAGACCCAAUAGCUUGUAUGAAAUUGUGUGUGCAAUUCAACACAAAUUACGACAUGAAGGUAGAUUCAUAAACUUUUUGGAUGAUGAUAAAUUUCACGAUAUGCGCAGUAUUCUUGAUUCAAAGAUGAAAGAACUCUCUGGGCGAGGCAUGGGGAUAGAGCGGAAACGGGCAGAGAUCAUAACUGAGGCUCAAGAAGAUGAAAUGUGGUCCAAGGGAGUUUUAGGAAGAGAUACACCUCAAAAACUCUUAGAUACUCUACUGUUUCAACUAGGACUACAUUUUGCACUACGAGCAGGACAGGAACACAGAAACUUGAGGGUUGGGACAAACAGUCAGAUUUCUCUUUCCAUGGAUGCAUCUAGACUGCGAUAUCUCGAAUAUAGAGAGGAUGUCUCCAAAACAAAUCGCGGUGGGCUCCAGCACAAAAAUCUGCAACCUAAAGUUACCAGAGCAUACCAGAACAAGAAUGUUCCCGAGAGAUGUCCUGUGCUCACGCCUGAAGCUGGUAAAACCAAUGCUCUCUAUUUGCGACCUCUGCGGUACCCCACAGAUUCCACUUGGUACGCCGACUCCCCUGUUGGAGUACACACUCUUCAACAGACCGUCGCAAAACUGUGUAAAAUAGCAGGAUUUACUGGCCACUACACAAACCAUAGCCUCAGAGCAACCGCCGCAACACGCCUUUACGAUGCUGGCAUUGAUGAGCAGCUAAUAACCGAGAAAACUGGACACCGCUCGACAUCUGUUAGAUCGUAUAAAAGAACAAAUGAAGAACAUCAGCAAAGAGUGAGCAAAAUCAUUCACGGUGAAAAUCAGUGUGAUGUAGCUAUCAAGAAAGCCAAAACCGCAGCCGAAAGUGAUUCUAAUGUGUGUGCACCAGCUGGUGCUAGUGAAAUUGAAAUUUCGUCUGGAAGUGUAUUUUUCAAAUUUAAAUUCUAA